UUUGCAAGGUUACACAAGACCAAAGCUUUGAAGAAGGGAAAAUUGGGGCGAAAAAAGAAGAUGUGUGAAGGGUGGAAGAAGAUCAGGAGUAACUAGAAGAUAAACUAGAAGAAGAAGGGAGCCGUUGAAAUAGGAAGAGAAAAGCUGGCGGGAUCUAUCGUGCGCUCUGCAAUAUGACCGAUCCAAGUUUGGAACUGAAGGAAUCAGGUUGGGAAGAGCUCAGGCGAGAGGCUCGUAAGAUCGAGGGAGAUCUCGACGUCAAGCUCUCUUCUUAUGCUAAGCUCGGCGCCCGCUUCACCCAAGCAGGUCAUCACCCUUCUUCUUCCCUUCCUUCCUUGCUUCAGUUGCAUCAGUUUUCCGAAUUCUCUGAUCUAUUAUUGUGGCCAAAUGCAUUUCUACCCUUUGGUUAUGGCGGAUUACAACGUAAUCUUGGGGGACAUUGCUGGAUCCACUGAAUUCUGGUCCUUCAAUAGGUUCCCGGAAUUGAUUGUUGUUGUAGUUGUUUCCAUUUUGUAGAGUUGUAAACAGAAAGUGGAACUGUGGGGUUUUCGCUAGUUUAAGCUCCGGAUUAAUUCGCUUGGCCGGAACUGAAAAUCAGCUGGAGGGUCCUCUUUGUAUUUUACUGUAGCGGCUCUCCGACAGUUUAUCUUUUGAUUCUGUGCCAUGUUCUUCGGAUUAGACCUACUGGGGGGAGGGGAGUGUAUGAUUCGAAGCAGCUGAAUAGUCAGAUGUAAAAAGGGCUAGGAUCCUAAUUUCACUUGCCACUCAACAACAUUCACAUAACUGGAAGGCUCAUUUCGCAGUAAUUUUUAAAUUGGAUAUCUGGUCUGGGUCCUUGCUGUUAGUCUCAGUUAUGUACUUGAAUCGCUAUGCUGUUGCUUUUCCAUUUGGAGGCAUACUUCAGGCACUCGAAUGGUGCCAAUAUUGGGGAUUAGGAUAUUGCUGAUUCAUGGGUUUGCACUGUUUUGACUUGGCUAGGAGCUUAAUGCUAUUGUCGAUCUGCUACUUCAGUUAGUCCUUUGACUCUUCCCAUUUGAAGCUUUUUGGUUUUGUUAUGUAGAGUCUGCUUCACCAACUGUUGCGUCAGGUAGAUCAUGGAAGUCUAUGGAGAUGGAAAUCCAGUCGCUGCUUGAGAAGCUAUUAGAUAUUAAUGAUUCUAUGAGUAGAUGCGCAGCAACUGCAGCUCCAACUACUUCAGUGACCCAAAAGCUUGCAAGACAUAGAGACAUACUCCAUGAGUUUACUCAGGAAUUCAGACGAAUCAAGGCAAACAUAAACUCAAUGAAGGAGCACGCUGAAUUACUUAUAUCAGUCAGAGAUGAUAUAAGCGAGUACAAGGCUUCUGGAAGCAUGUCCCCAAGAAUGCAACUAUUACGUGAAAGAGCUGCCAUACAUGGAAACAUUUCACAUAUAGAUGAUGUUAUUAGUCAAGCUCAGGCAACCAGAGCAGUCUUGGGGACUCAAAGGUCUAUGCUUGGAGAUGUUCAAGGCAAAGUGAAACAGCUAAGCGACAAGUUCCCAAUCAUACGUGGUUUACUUGGUUCUAUCAAGAGGCGCCGUUCGAGAGACACUCUUAUUAUCUCAGCUGUAAUUGCAGCUUGUACGUUGUUUCUCAUCAUCUAUUGGCUCUCAAAAUUACAGAGUUCCAGAAAAUGAUGGUUCACUUGCAAAGUAAUUUUGCUUUAAUUGCCAAUUAGGAUCCGGAAGAUCAUAUGUAUUGAACCCUUUUGUGUACCUUAGAUGACUUU